AUGGAAUACAGUUUACUAAGCUGCUUCAGUCAGCCUGAGAACGACCCAUCAACACUCACUCCAACUACACCUCUGGUACAGACUUCUCCAACUACAGCUCAGGAGCAGACUUCUCCAGAAUCUCCAACCACAAUUGGAGCAGCUGUGAUUCAAAUCAGGCUGGUGUUCAACGACUGCAUGAUUGUUCCUAGUGAGUGUUUGGUCCUCAGUGAUAUGGAAUCUCUGCUAAAAUCAACACUCACAAGCGUCUCAGAGUCAGUAACAGUGCUGGACUACAGCUACAACGAAAAAUCAAACACCUCAUUCGCAGUAAACAUCAUAUUUAGCAUCAAUAACAUCAGCAUGCCGAUGAACCCUGACCUCAGGAGUGACACCUACACCCAAGUGAAGAGCAUCUUCACUAACAUUGUAAACACAGUUCUAAAUAAUUCUGGUGCAUCUCCAUCUGAACUCACUUCCUACAACUUCACGAGUUUAGGGGAUCAAGUUACUGGUUACAUGGAAUACAGUUUACUAAGCUGCUUCAGUCAGCCUGAGAACGACACAUCUCCAACACUUACUCCAACUACACCUCUGGUACAGACUUCUCCAGAAUCUCAAUCUACAAUCGAUGACUCAAUACUUCUACAUCCAUCUACACGUCAGAAGCAGAUUUUUCCAACAGCUCCAACAUCUCUAACAUCUCCAACUACAAUAUAUGAAUCAGUGGAUAAUCCAACUACACCUCAGGAGCAGACUUCUCCAGAAUCAACAACUUCUCCAGAUUUAGCAACUUCUCCAGAACCAACAAAUUCUCAAGAAUCAACAACUUCUCCAGAACCAACAACUUCUCAAGAAACAACAACUUCUCCAGAAUCUCCAAACCAACUUGAUCAAUCAACAACCACUCCAACCACACCUCUGGUACAGACUUCUCCAACAUCUCCAGGCUCUCCAACUUCUCCAACCACAAUCGAUUAUUCAACAGUUACUUCAACCACAGAUCAGGAGCAGACUUCUCCAGCAUCUCCAACAUCUCCAAACCAUCCAACAUUGCUAACAUCUCCAACAUCUCCAACUUUAACAUCUCCAACCUUAACAACAUCUCCAACAUCUCCAACCACAGUUUAUGAAUCAACGGUUAUUCCAACGAUAAUUCAAGAGCAGACAUCUCCAACAUCUCCAACGUCUCCAUCUUCUCCAACAUCUCCAACAUCUCCAACUACAAUGGAACAAUCAACAGCUACUCCAACUACAGCUCAGGAGCAGACUUCUCCAACGACAGCUCAGGAGCAGACUUCUCCACCUACAGCUCAGGAGCAGACUUCUCCAACCACAAUCGAACAUUCAACAGUUACUUCAACCACAGAUCAAGAGCAGACUUCUCCAACAUCUUCAACAUCUCCAACCACAGUUUAUAAAUCAACGGUUAUUCCAACGAUAAUUCAAGAGCAGACAUCUCCAACAUCUGCAACUUCUCCAACAUCUCCAACUUCCCCAACAGCUCCUACCAUAAUCGAUAAAUCUCCAGUUCCUGCACCUCAGGCGCAGACUUCUCCAGAACCAACAACCACAAUUGAUGAAUCAACGCUUAACCCAGCUACACCUCAGGGGGAGACUUCUCCAGGACCUUCAAGCUCAACCGCUGGAUCAGCUGUGGUCUACGUCAGGCUGAUGUUCAGCAGCUCCACUCCUGUUCCUAGUGAGAAUGGUGUCAGUGCUUUCAAAGCACUGCUGAACUCCACACUCUCAAAACUUCCCGACACUGUAACAGUGCAGAACUUCACCCACAAAGACAUUUCAGACCGCUCCUACGAAGUCAUCCUUACAUUCCUCAUCAGAAACAUCAGUGUUCCAGAGAGCGUUGACCUCACGAACAACAUCUACACCCAAGUGAAGACCAUCACCAAUGAUUCUGUAAAUACACUUCUGAUACCUCCUGGUGCUCAUCCAAUCGAUCCCACUUCCUACAACUUCACGAGUUCAGGGGAUCAAGUUACUGGUCACAUGGAAUACAGUUUAGAAAUCGUCUACAGUCAGCCUGGGAACGACACAUCUCCAACACCUUCUGCAACUACUCCUCUGGUACAGACUUCUCCAGGAUCUCCAACCACAAUAAUUGGAUCAGCUGUAAUUCAAACCAAGCUGGUGUUCAACGUGUCCUCACCUGGUACCAUUGAGAAUGUGCUCCCCAGAAUUAUCAAAAGUACGAUAGAAUCUAAACGGCAAAAUGUCAGUGAGGCUUCGAUCCUCGGUUAUAUCCAGAUUCUGUUGCUGUCUGCAUUCCCAAACCUCGCUGAGCCUCUAGGAGUUCUGGACUACAGUUACGAGAAGAUUUCAGACACCUUCCUUGUGGUUAACAUUACAUUCACAAUCAAAAAUAUCAUCAUGCCAGAAAACCCAGAGCUUAGGGAUGGCACUUACACCCAAAUGAAGAACAUCAUCAACAACGCUAUAAAUUAUCUUACAGAGGCACAGCUAGUUGAACCCAUUACCUACAAUUUCCUGAGUUCAGGGGAUCAAGUUAACGGCUACAUGGAAUAUAGUUUUGAACAAAUCCCCAGUCAGACUGCAAAUGACAAUAAGGUCCUAAAGCAACCGUCUACAGAAUCUCCAACCACGACUGAUGGAUCAACACUUAAUCCAACUACACGUCUGGAACAGACUUCUCCAGAAUCUCCAACCAUAAUCGAUGGAUCAGCUGUGGUCAACGUCAGGAUGGUGUUCCACAACUCCACUUCUGUUUCUAGUGAGGAUGUCGUCCUGAGUGAUUUCAAAGCCAUGCUGAACUCCACACUAUCAAAAUUCCCCAACUCUGUAACAGUGCAGAACGUCACCUACGAACCGAUUUCAAACACCUCCUUCGCAGUUCUCGUUACAUUCAGCAUCAGUAGCAUCAGCAUGCCGGAGGAUCCUGCCCUGAGGAACGACACCUACACCCAAGUGAAGGUCCUCAUCAAUGACACUGUAAACACAGUUCUAAAUAAUUCUGGGACGCAGCGUCCAGUGGAACUCACUUCCUACAACUUCAAGAGUUUAGGGGAUCAAGUUACUGGUUACAUGGAAUACAGUUUACAAAGCCUCCUCAGUCAGCCUGAGAACGACACAUCUCCAACACUUACUCCAACUACUACGCUGGUACAGACUUCUCCAGGAUCUCCAACCACAAUCGAUGGAUCAGCUGUGGUCAACGUCAGGAUGGUGUUCCACAACACCAUUUCUGUUCCUAGUGGGGAUGUCGUCCUGAGUGAUUUCAAAGCCAUGCUGAACUCCACACUCUCAAAAUUCCCCAACUCUGUAACAGUGCAGAACGUCACCUACGAACCGAUUUCAAACACCUCCUUCGUAGUUCUCGUUACAUUCAGCAUCAGUAGCAUCAGCAUGCCGGAGGAUCCUGCCCUGAGGAACGACACCUACACCCAAGUGAAGGUCCUCAUCAAUGACACUGUAAACACAGUUCUAAAUAAUUCUGGGACGCAGCGUCCAGUGGAACUCACUUCCUACAACUUCAAGAGUUUAGGGGAUCAAGUUACUGGUUACAUGGAAUACAGUUUACAAAGCUUCCUCAGUCAGCCUGAAAACGACACAUCUCCAACACUUACUCCAACUACUACUCUGGUACAGACUUCUCCAGGAUCUCCAACCACAAUCGAUGGAUCAGCUGUGGUCAACGUCAGGAUGGUGUUCCACAACACCAUUUCUGUUCCUAGUGGGGAUGUCGUCCUGAGUGAUUUCAAAGCCAUGCUGAACUCCACACUCUCAAAAUUCCCCAACUCUGUAACAGUGCAGAACGUCACCUACGAACCGAUUUCAAACACCUCCUUCGCAGUUCUCGUUACAUUCAGCAUCAGUAGCAUCAGCAUGCCGGAGGAUCCUGCCCUGAGGAACGACACCUACACCCAAGUGAAGGUCCUCAUCAAUGACACUGUAAACACAGUUCUAAAUAAUUCUGGGACGCAGCGUCCAGUGGAACUCACUUCCUACAACUUCAAGAGUUUAGGGGAUCAAGUUACUGGUUACAUGGAAUACAGUUUACAAAGCUUCCUCAGUCAGCCUGAGAACGACACAUCUCCAACACUUACUCCAACUACUACUCUGGUACAGACUUCUCCAGGAUCUCCAACCACAAUAAUUGGAUCAGCUGUAAUUCAAACCAAGCUGGUGUUCAACGUGUCCUCACCUGGUACCAUUGAGAAUGUGCUCCCCGGAAUGAUCAAAAGCAUGAUAAAAUAUCCACGCCAAAAUGUCAGUGAGGCUUUGAGCUUAAUGCAGAUUCUGUUGCUGUCUGCAUUCCCAAACCUCGCUGAGCCUCUAGGAGUUCUGGACUACAGUUACGAGAAGAUUUCAGACACCUUCCUUGUGGUUAACAUUACAUUCACAAUCAAAAAUAUCAUCAUGCCAGAAAACCCAGAGCUUAGGGAUGGCACUUACACCCAAAUGAAGAACAUCAUCAACAACGCUAUAAAUUAUCUUACAGAGGCACAGCUAGUUGAACCCAUUACCUACAAUUUCCUGUAA